AUGACUGCCAGAGGGCGCACGGGAGACGCUGGUGCUAUAUCAGAAGCCGAAUUCGAAGAUGCUUUUUCAAAAAUUCCGCAAAGCAUGGUAUGUUUUUUUUUUGUAAAAUACGUAUUUUGUUCUUAUUUUUUCAAAUUUUUGCUUAUUUUUUAAAAAAUUUUGGUUUUCAGCCGAUUCACCGUGAUGUAGAUCGAAGAUUUCAAGCAAUAGCCAAAGCGCUUCAAAAUGAAGCUGACAACUGGAGUGUUACUUGCAAUGCUGUGAGUUAUAUCGUUUUAUAACACAAACUAAUGAAAUUUAAAAAAAUUUUAAAUUGAACAUUUUUUGCAAAAAAAAUAAAAUUUUAGGCAAUAAAAAUGUAAAAUACGGCAUAUCAACAGUAUAAAUGUAAAAAAUAAUAAUAUAACCUAUGUAAAUCAUAUAAAUUCUAGCUAAUCGAACUCAGAUCGAUAGUAAAGUACGGUGGCCUGGAUGGAAAAACGAUCGCCCAGAAGCUGAACAAUAUACAAGAUGAGAUUCGACAGUCGGUGAUAUCUCUACGAUCACAAGUUGCUAGAGAUGCUUGCAUUACAGUGGCGUAUGUUGCUCAACAUAUUGGAAUGGACUUUAAGAACCAAGCUGAAAGCUUAGUGCCAGAUUUGCUGAAAAUGAGUGGACAGUCGACUAAGAUCAUGGCUACCAGUGGAGUUACCGCCUUGAGGUAUAUUUGUAAGGUGAGUUUUUGAUUUUGUUUUGCUGUGAUUUGUUACCUAAUUAUAGUUUUUGCCUCGGUUAAGUGUUUUAUAAAAGUAUAGCGGCGACAUAUUAAAAAAUUUGAAACGAAGUGUCAAAAUUGCCUAAAAUUAUUGAUUUUUGAUUUUUGUUUGUUUUCAGAACAUAAAAAACCAUGCCAUGCUGCAAAUGCUGUUCGAAGAGCUUAAAAACAACAAGAGCAAGUUGAUAAGAUCUACAAUAUGCUUAUUAUUGUUGAAUGUGGUUGAAGAAUGGCCAGAAGAGUUGUUACAAAAGAACGCUCAAUUGUUGUACCAAGCUUUGGAAAAGGGUUCUACUGAUGCUGAUGCUACUGCCAGAAAGUACUCAAGGGAUGGACUUCAGAAGGCCGAAGCUAAGGUCACUGGGGUAAGGUUUGGUAUUGAUCUUUUGGUUUUUUAGGUAACACGACAUGGUUUUUUUGGCGUAUAUUGAGUUCUUUUGGCACCUAUAGGAGAUUUUUUAAGAUAUAUUUGUUAUAUUGUAGUAUGGCCCUCUAUUUAUGUCAUCUAGCUAACAGUUCGACUACUUCAACGCGUUUUGAACUGUUAUUUACUGUAAAAUAUACGAUUUUAGUUCUCAGCAAUGUGUACUUCACGUGCUAUACCUGCAUCAAGAGGAAGGACAGCUCAAUCAACUUACAUUCCUAUGCGUGCCAAAUCAGAUAUGACCUCACACCAGAUCAGAAAGCCAUUUUCAGCACCUACAAAUAGAAUACCAUUAAGUCAACGCAAGCCGAGUAAUCCAUCAUUGGCAUCAGCUACUAACUUUCCUCCCAAAAGUCAACGUAAGGCCAUUUUUAACUGAAAUUAAAAAAAAAUAUUUAAAUGAAAAAAAAUUUUUAUUUUUUGUUUUUUUAACGACAUUUCUUUAUAAAUUUAAUGCUAUCACAAUAUGUUGUUUUAGCCGGAAGCAGAAACGCCUCACCAAAGCGCCGCCAGCCUCCAACCUCGAUUCAGCCUUCUACUAGCAGUUCAGCCAUCAGAUCUCGAGUGCUAAAUGAAAGAAGAAUGAAUGGUGCCACUGGUCCUGCAGCAGUGCCUCCAAAGCCGACUAAUGGAGAUCUGAAGGGAAGACCACCUGUUCGACAGAUUUCUGAACCUAAAAUUCACCAAGUCAGGAACAUGAGGUCACCUUCACCGACGACGAAUGGUCAUGAUGUAAGUAUCUGAUUACCUCUUUAUUAUGACACUAUGACUCUUAAGGCAUUGUUCUAAACAUGUCAUUAAGAGUGUCACACUAUCUAGGCACUUUUAGAUAGGAGUUUUAAUACAAAGGGCGGCUAAGAAGCUGUCAUUAUAAAGAAAUUGUCAUACUAUCGAGAGUCAUAUUAAGGAGGUUCCAAUGUAUUAAAAUCAAGCAUAAGCUUUAAUUAUUGUAAGAGAAAUGUUUUAAAAAUGCAUAAAUUGCCUUAUCACCAAUAAAGAGCCAAUUUAUUUAAAAAUUCAUAUAGCGCACGAAAAACUCGUCAAAACUUUUGUCAGUUGAACCUAUGCAAAAAAUGUGGGAAAAUGUUACUUACAAUUGGUGUUUCUUGAAAACAUUUUAGUGAAUUACUUUUACUAUCUUACGUAGACAUUAAUAUAAAUUUCUAUAGAUGUUUUUUGUGUUAUUUUGCAUAAUAUAGCUUAUUUUCUACUGAGUGAAAAAUUUUUAGUGAAGUUGGGUUGGGUAAGCUAGUAAGUUAUGGUAGGAUAAAGGAGGGUACUUUUUAAUUGUACAAUUUUCUUUUUAUUUUACACAUAUCAAACUGAUAUCAAUUUUUAAAUAGAAAAAGUUGUUAAAACUUUAAUUUACAGAUUGGUCGUCGAACUCCAUCAAAUCUUCGUCAACCUUCAGCGAUAGUAACUCCCAAAGUUCAUACUCCAGUUUACCGACCUCAAGCUCGAGUCAAUAGCCAUAUGGCAGAACAAAACGGAUCUCAAGAUGUUCAAACUCUAUUGAAUAAUACUCAAAUUUGGCAUGAUGGAAGGUGAGUAUUAUACAGUGGUUUUUUUUCAUUGUUAGUUGCUACUAAAAAAAUUUUUACUAGAAUUAGGGUAAGGGUAUUUUUCAAAUUUUUUGGUGUUGUGAUGGUUUUUGCUUUGAUCUUUUUUUACUUUUUAUUAUGUUUUGUUUUUAAGGUAAUUUUUAUUAUUUAAAUUGUUACUUUUUAGUCCAUCUUCAACCCGCACUGUCCGUGAAUCCUUAGACCAGCUAACCCGCAUGGUCAACGAUCAUAAGAUCUCUCAACUCGACUACUACCUACCUCAAUUAUUCAACAGAUCAAUAGAAAUAGCAACAGACACAGAUGCAGAAGGUAUAGUCAGAUGCUCAUCAGUACGCCUAUUAAAAGCUCUAGUAAAGAAUGGUAAAGGCAUUACCUCAAGGAUCAAUACACUGAUAAAUGAGAUUGUGAAUUUGGAAGAGAACGAAGUGCCAUUACAUAAAGAGAUUGAGGACUUGUACGUAGAGAUCAGCAAUUCAUGUCCUGUUAAUGCUGUGUUACCUAUUCUUUUGAAUUUGGUUAGAGCUACGAAAACGAGUGAUCCUACGAACAAAGUGAGGGCAACUUUACAGUUACUACCGUAUGUUCUACACAAGACGGAUACGAUUAUGGUGGAAGGGCUGGUGGAUGAUAUUGUGCCGGUUUUGAGACAGGUAGGUUUGACUGUCUAAUCUUAUAUUGUCUAAUUUUUUUUGUACUUUAAUGGUAUUUUACAUUACAUAUACUGAUCAAAAAAUAAGUUUGAAAACAAAACAAAUAAAAAUUUUUUUUUGUAAAGUACGGUUGACGGACUCUAUGAUUGAUCUUUUCCACGCUAUAAUUAAUGUUUUAUACAUCAUUAAUUUGAAUUAACUUGAUUUUUAGAUAUACGAAAACUCGACAGUGACUGGAGUACGUCGUGAUGCUGUAAUCUGCAUGAUAGUAUUCAAGAACAAGGUCGGCAUAGAACGAAUACAACAGAAAUUAAACGCCAAUUUGGUAAAGUUGGUUGAAGCUUAUGCUACACGACGUCAUUUGGCCAUUUGGAAUUAA